ACAGUUUUCUGUGCGAUCUCUUUCACCCAAUAAGUUAUAGUUUCUGAAUACACAAACACUCUUCUAAGCUUUGCAAUUGCGAUUGAUUAAAGCAAGUUAAAUGGCCGGAAGAUACGAUCGCGCGGUGACCAUUUACUCGCCCGAUGGCCACCUUCUGCAGGUGGAGUACGCCCAGGAGGCGGUUCGAAGGGGGUCCACUGUGGUGGGUCUGCGCACCAACAACGCCAUUGUGCUCGGCGUGGAAAAGAGGUCCGUGGACGAUUUGCAGGAGGAGCGGAUGGUUCGCAAGAUCUGCCAGCUCGACGACCACGUGGUGAUGACCUUCGCCGGGCUCACGGCGGAUGCACGGAUCCUGGUCAGCCGCGCCCAGAUGGAGUCCCAGAGCCACCGAUUGAACUUCGAGAAGCCCGCGACCGUGGAGUACAUAACUCGGUAUAUAGCGCAGCUGAAGCAGAACUACACGCAGAGCAAUGGGAGGCGGCCCUUCGGGCUGUCGUGUCUGGUUGGGGGCUUCGACGAGGACGGCACUCCGCACCUGUUCCAAACGGAGCCCUCGGGCAUCUUCUACGAGUGGCGGGCCAGCACCACCGGUCGGUCCAGCCAGCCGGUGCGGGAGUUCAUGGAGAAGCACGCGGAGGAGCUCCUGGCCGCCGCCGACGAGAACGCGGCCAUCAAGCACAUAGUCCGCACCCUGGUGAGCGUCUCCUCGCUGGGCCACAAGCAGAUGGACGUGGCGGUGCUGAGGUAUCGCCAGCCCCUGCGGAUGAUCGAUCGCAAGGUGCUGGAAGAUCUCGUUCGGACCGUUCGCCGGGAAAUCGAGGAGGAGGCGGAGGCCAAUCGCCGCCCUCGGGUUUCCUAAUUCCCGACACGGCCCUCGGCCAGAUGCCCCGCCCCUUCAUGACCAAUCAAAAGUUGAUAACCAUUCCGGCACUGCGACGCCCUGCUUCUUUGGGCCAUUCAAUUUCGGGCCUGAGAUGGGGAAAAGUAAUCAGCAGGAAAAAUGUGUAAAGCGGGCAAAUCACUUAAUUUGUCUCGAGGGCGUAUUUGUUUACUUUAUGUCUCGGGCCAAGGCGCGUCCGCUGUUCGCAGGCCAACCAAGUUAAAAAGUUUUAAGUGAAAAUGGGAAUUGAAUUUGUAGGGGAAAAAAUGAGAGAAAUGCGCGCACACAUGCAGAAAACAUUUGACCAUGGCCGAAAAUGAUUUUAUUUGAUUCACCUUUAAUUUUGGGGAAAAGAUUUAACAAAUACAUCAUGGCUUAGUUAUAAAUUUAUACUCUUCCGAUAUCCAUUUAAAAAUUCUCUGUAUGUAACACCAGACCAUUUGUUUUGUUGUAUAAUAUAUUUUAUAAGACUCAUCCCAAAAAAUAUUAAAUACAAGUUUUUAUUUAGUUUUUUUAA